UUGAGUUACUUUUUUUUUAGACAGUUAAAGUGUUUAUAAAUAAAAAAAUCCCUUAGGGUUCAGAAACAAAUACAGUUUGAAUUUAGACGUUUAAGUGGUAUGGUUCGCUCUAUAACUCCAGAAGAUGAUGCAAAAAUAUUUGAUAAACAGUGUAAGAAGACUAUAAAAAAAAUUGAUCAACAAAACAAAAAAUUUUCCAAUUCAAUGAAAAAGGAUGGUAUUGUAACAGACUUUAAUCUUGAGACGAUUUGGAAUAUACGCAGAGAUGUUUUGUUAAAAGGAAACAAUGAAAACUUUAAAAAUGGUUACUUGUAUUACUCAAGAUAUAAAAGUAAUGCACCAAAACUGUCAGAUACAUCAAAAGAAAUUUUUCCAUUGUCAUCAACAAAGAAAAGUAAUCACAUAGUUGCUUCUUCCGCCAAAGCUAAUAUAGGCAGCCAAGAGUUGCAAUUUUCAAAACCUCUGAAAAGUAUAAGAGAGAAGCAGAAUCUAAAAUAGAAUUUAUUUUUUUAUUUGAAAAAUUUAACCAGUGUUUUG